AUGAAUUUAACAUAAUUAGAGUCCAUAUUUUCAUCACUAAAUUCUCUCAAACAAUUUCCUUAUAAUGUAAUAUUAACUAAAUACACAAUUUUUGUGAUCAUUAUAAACUUGAAUGGGAUAAAGAAAUUUUAAGAGUAUUAAAUUGAUGCUUAGAAUUUUUAGAUUCAUAAUAAUAAACCAUUAAAUGUAGAUCAUCUAAUAUAAAUAAUGUUCUUGGUGUUAAAUAAAAAAGACAUCAUAAUAAAGUCUAGAAGAAAGUCUCAAUUUUAGAGGCUUAAGGAUUAUAGAAUGAUAAUCUUAAAGAAGUUUGUUUGACUAAUCAAUUCUUUUAUCGAAAUUUCAGCGAUAAAAAUAUUCAUUAUCAAAUCAUUAAAUUGAAAAUAUGA